UCUGCCUCACCCGGAAGUGGCUUCUCCUCGCCAGUCGGCCUUUAGCUGCUACUUGAAGUUGAAGACGACACGAUGCUCAACGACAGUGAGCUCGCGACGCUGCGGAAUAGAUUCAAGAGAGAUGCGGAGUUCCUCCUCCAGACGACGGGGAGCGGAGACGAAGAGGAGGCGGAGAACAAGAAGAGCCAGGAGGAAAAAGAUGCUAAACCUCUCCCUCGCAUUAACAGACACUCCCUUUUCUGGAUCGUGGCAUCCAUAGGAGUGACCUACUAUGUGGAUUUCCUCCACAACAUCAUGGAGAAUGAUGAUAUCAAAAGUUGGUGGUUCAAUGUGGGUCUGAUGCUCCUCGGGGUCUGCCUGUCUCUGGCCAUGUUCUGCAUUGUGUACCUGGAGUGGUUCAAAGGCAUCCAGCACUACGACCAGGAGUACCCCGCCGUUCCUCCGCUCACCACUGCAGCCUUCAUAGCUGCGUCCUGCAGGGAAUUCGGCCUCAAAUCACACAAAGGGGCCCAAAACUGCUGCUCCAAAGUUCAUAUUUCCCUUAAAUUGACCCAAAGAGCCUCAAAGCAUAAAAAAACAGUUUUUGCAAUACUCGCAACUUAUGAGGUAAUCAUGAAGUCUUUAUAUCAUAAAUAUCAUCUUCAUCAUCUUCAUCAGACUCACACAGGUGUUUGUUUUUUCUUAGGACUGUGGGAUUUGUGCUUGAUUGACACCUGUCUUACUGUCUGUCUAAUUAACCACAAUAGUGAACAAUCCUGUGAGCGUUCAGCAUUUGAGUGUGUGUGUGUGUGUGUGUGUUGUGUUUGUGUGCGUCUGUCUGUGUGUGUUGUGCGUUCGUUGUGGCCGAAAGUCGACUCUUCUACUUGCUGCUCUUAACCAAUAAAGUGUGAAGCUGUGAAAUGAAAAAACAAUCAAACAAAAUCGUGUGUGUGUGUGUGUGUGUGUGUGUCAUGAGUUGGGUUGAUGCAA